UUUAAUGAGUUCACUCCACAGACAGCCGGACAGGCGAUGACAACAACUUUAAAACAGGCUUUAAAAACCCACUUUGGGUUCGACAGCUUUAGAUCUAAAAUACAGGAAGAUGUGGUCAAGGCGGUCGUCAAAGGUGACAGGGAUGUGUUUGUGUGCAUGCCCACUGGAGCAGGAAAGUCUCUCUGUUACCAGCUGCCUGCAAUGCUGGCAGAGGGCAUCACCCUGGUUAUAUCCCCGCUGAUCGCUCUCAUUCAGGACCAAGUGGACCACCUGAAGGACUUGAACAUCCCAGCCUGCUCCAUCAACUCCAAACUGCCAGCAGGCGAGCGCCGUCUCAUCCUGGCUGACUUAGAGAGCAGCAGCCCGAAGCUGAAGCUCCUGUACAUCACUCCAGAGAUGGUGGCCUCUCCCUCGUUCCAGCCCUGCCUGACAGGCCUGUGUUCCCGCAAUCUGCUGUCCUACCUGGCAGUGGAUGAGGCUCACUGCGUCUCCCAGUGGGGCCACGAUUUUAGGCCGGACUACCUCAAACUGGGUGAGCUGCGUGCUCGCAUGCCGGGUGUCCCCUGCUUGGCACUGACAGCGACGGCGCCUAAGAAAGUUCAUGAGGACGUUCUUCAGUCCCUGAAGCUGCGCUCGCCUCUUUCUUUCUCUACACCUGUUUUCCGCAGUAAUUUGCAAUAUGAUGUGAUCUUCAGUGAGCUGCUGCCAAACGUCUACGUCCACCUCCACGCCUUUGUUAAGAAGGCCCUGGGACUGGACAGCGGGUCUGAUGGACAGGGUUGUGGGAUCGUGUACUGUCGGACCAGGGAGGCCUGUGAAACUGUGGCUUACCAGCUUACCAAGCUCGGAGUUUUGUCGAAGGCUUAUCAUGCAGGUCUAAAGGCACGAGAUCGCGAAGAGGUCCAGAAUGAGUGGAUGCAAGGAAAAGUGCUGGUUAUUGUAGCCACCAUCAGCUUUGGUAUGGGAGUAGACAAGGCCAAUGUCAGGUUUGUAGCUCACUGGAACCUCGCUAAGUCCCUGGCAAGUUAUUACCAAGAGUCUGGGCGAGCGGGGAGAGAUGGGCUGCCCUCCUCCUGUCGCACCUACUACUCCCGCAGAGAUAAAGAGCAAAUUAACUUCCUCAUCCGCCAGGAGAUCUCCCGCAAACAGGAAAAACGCCGUUCUGCAAAGGAGUCGGACAAUACAGCCAUGAAAGACUUUGAAGCCAUGGUGUUAUUCUGUGAACAAGAAGGCUGUCGCCAUGCCACCAUCUCCAAGUUUUUUGGGGACAAGACGCCAAACUGCGCCGGUGCCUGUGACUUCUGUCGUAACCCUAAAAUUGUACGAGCACAGUUAGAGAGGUCUGCUGUCCUCAGCACCAAGACUGGAGCUCAGAGCAAAGGGCCUUCAGGGCCAUUUGGUUUCACGCCAGGGCUUUAUGCAGGAGGAAAGAAGGGCUAUGGCUUCGAGAGAUUUGAUGAAGAGAAUGAGGACAAUAAUGAAGAGGAUUCAACAACGAGGAAAAAGGAGUUUUCUGACCUCUUCAAGAAGCAGAUGAACAUGCGAAAGCAAGCAACUGUGAGACAGAUGGAAGAGUUCACUCCCCCAGAUGAUGACUGCCCACUCAUAGAGGCCAACAGCCAGAGGAUACCCAGGCUCACAGUUAAGGCCAGAGAGCACUGCCUGAGCCUGUUGCAGGAGGCACUUUAUGGCCACCAGGGGGCAGACGACCCAUUCAACGGUGACACUUUAUCUUUAGCUCUGGAUAUCGAACAUGAGGUUUUCAAGAACAGCAAGUCCUCCAACUUGUACAAAGCUGCCGUCCUAAAGAAAGUAGCAGAGAUGAAAGCCGAAGGAAAAAAGGGAGAAAAAGAGAAGACCAGCAGCAGCUGCAGUGAGACUGGAGAAAUCACAUCAAAACACAACGAAGAAGCUUCCUCCUCUUCCUCCUUUUCUGAGGAGCUGCAAGGGUUCACAUCUGCAUCUGAGAUCUACUCACUGAAGCGUAAGAGAGUUGGAGCAGGUCUGAGGGGCUCGUCCAACCCCUUCCAGACUGCCAAGGAGUUGAUGAAGACAGAAAGUGGUGGGUUUUACAAUGAUAGCUCAGAAGGCUCUCGAGAAUCGGGGACAGAUGGGAGAAAAGAGGCAAAUGCGGACACAUCUUCAACUGUGACGUCAUCCAUCAGAGCCAAAGCGAACGCCGCCGCCGCCUCCCUGAACAGCCCGACGAAGGGAGGCAGGUCCCUGAGCAAGAAGCAGCAGAAGCUGGCGGAAGCAGCGAAGACUUCCCGUAACAUUUCCCAGUAUUUUGCGAAGAAACAAACGACAGAGAAAAGCCAGGAGGCGGAGUCGCCGAAGGGACUCGAUGCUACUUUAUCUGUGACCCCGCAGGAAGACAUUACACUACACUCUGUGGAAGCUCUAGAGAGCAGUCCUGUGGAGUCAGCAACACCAGCAGAAACUGAAAGUGAGGUAGUAGUUCUCCUCACUGAUGAAGAGGAGCAAGCCCUUAAAUCAGAGAUGAUAGAAGACGAAUGUAAAGAGGAUGUAACGUCACCCACAGAACAAAACACCACAGAGGAAGAAGUAAAACCACCUAUAAUAAAAGGGCUGACAGAUGAUAUGAAAGCCAAUAAGGAGUCUCCUCCAGCGAAGCGCAGCCGGCCCACAGACGGGAGCAUCAGAAGAGUGACCUUUAACCCCAACGUGCAGGAGAGGGCCGUGCAACCGUUGAACGAGCCACCGAAGGCUGUGACGCUAAAGGAAGCUGCUGAUAUCGUGGUCCGCUGCCUGGACCCUUUUUACACUCAGGGAAAGUUCGCCACCAAGGAGCUGUUUAAGUCCUUUGCUCGCUACCUGUCUCACCUUCUUGCAGAGGGGAGGAGUCGGGGAAAAGGCCAAGUCAAAGCCGAAGCCAAAGCUCUCAUCAAGAAGUUCUUCAGCAAAGUCAAACGCUGCGAGUGCGAGGCAGACUGGAAGCACCUUAAAAGACCUCACAGCUGUAAAACCACAGAGACCAAGGAAUGAUGGGAGGGGAAACACAGACAUUCUCAUUGUUAAAUCCUUCCUCUUUGUCAGUGCCUAAGCUUCUCCCGUUCCAGUGAUCUCAGCCUUCCCCCGCAGACGCCUGCUCACAAGGUUUACGGUCGAUUUUUGCUGCUAGAGUUCUGCUUUUUUCAGGCUCGUCGCUGCUCCAGUAGCUUAACUCAAUAAUCAAGCAAUAAAACGUGUACUGUAACUGUUACAGCCUGAGAGAGCAGAGGUAGCACCUUGUUUCCUCCUCUUUCAGCCCAUUUACUACAAAUUGUGUAAAAUGUGGUUGUUUUAAUACCCUACAGGCAGUAAGAGAUGAUUAAUUAAUUUGACAACAGUGUGGAAGUAGUGUGAUGCGUCACUUUUUUUUAUGUCAAUCUGCACAUAUAACUGCAGUAAAAUCUGUUUCAAAUCUAUAUUUUCACACUAAACUGAAAUGUCUGGAGGCCAAAGGCUGCUUUGAAAAAAAAAAAAUACAGUAGUGUGAAGAAUACAUAAUUUGAAGUAAAUGGGGGUAAAACAAACAAAAACACUUUCAUGUUUGACAUAAACCAGACGAUUCUGUGUUUUUGGGGGCCAACAUAUCUUUGUACUGCUGCUACGUUUGUCUUUGAACAAAGUAAGUGGACAUAACUGGUCAAUACUGUAUGGUGUAAAACUCUCUGAAUGUGUUUUUUUCUUUUAUUUAAAGACUAACUGACUUCAUUUUUAAAAAAAUCUUAGUUUGUCUCGUAGCCUCAGCAGUGGGAGAACUUGUGUGGGUGUUUUUCUUUUUAUAGCGACAUGGUUUCCAAUGUGGGAAAUGUUUCUGAGUUAUCGUGCCUGUUGGGACUGUGAGAGGUCUCCGCGGUCAGAGGAAACCCAAAGAGUACUUGAAGCAUUGAUGGACACAGAGGCCCUACUGUGUAGAGAGUCUGAACAACUAUAGUCUUCUCUUUGCUCUUAAAAGUUUACAAUAAAGUCUAUGCUGAAU